UAAAACAUCAAAAGAAGAAGUAGGACUCGGAARUGAAAUGUUUGGGUAUUYAAAAGACGAUUCCCCAAGUGUUUCUUGUAUUUUCUGAAGCCUAGGAGGGAUUUUAUUUUACUUUUACACCCAAACAACCUGCACACAUGAACGAAGCACAGCUUUAUUCCCAAAUACCUCAAGGGCUAGUGAAGAGCCUUCAGGUUGAGCCUCAGAGCAGCUCUAAAGCAGCAGUGUUCACCGAGACCUUCCUGAAGAACAGCCUUCGAAACCCUGCCCGCCAUGACCUGAAGGACUUCCUAACCCACAAGGCYGUGGUCCUGGGUUUUGCCAGACCCAAGAAGGAGAAGAGAAAGAGCAAGAAAGCCAGAGGGUUAAAUGCACGACAGAAAAGAAAGAUGAAGAUUUUCCAGAUCAAGCCUGAACACCAGAGAUAUGAGCUUUUCCUGCCUUUACAUGAACUCUGGAAGCAGUACAUAGUUGACCUGUGUGGGGGACUGAAACCAACAAGCAAUCCACAGAUUGUGCAGCAGAAGCUUCUAAAAGCAGACUUCCACGGCGCCAUCAUCACAGUGGUGCGGUCGAAAUGUCCAUCAUACGUAGGUACUACAGGGAUUCUGGUGCAGGAGUUCAAACACAUCUUCAAAAUCAUCACUGAGGAGAACARACUCAAAGUCAUCCCUAAAAAGAACAGUGUUUUUGCCGUAGAGAUUAAYGGCUUUGUUUCGCACAUCUAUGGAAGCAAGUUUGAGCAGCGAGCCAGCGAACGGUCCGCCAAGAAGUUUAAAGUUAAAGGAACCAUCGACCUGUGAGGGCCCAGAGCRCCACUGCUUCCUGUAUUCCUGCUGGCCAAUAAAGGAACUGCAGAAAUCCUCAGCGUGCAGCAAAUGGACCCUGGCUGUGCAUCAAAAACAAUCUUUUUCAACACUUUAGAAACAGUGGAGAGUUUUGAAAUCACCCUGAAAUUGGGACAGAACUAUAUUAACUCUUGCUUCAGUGACAGAUGAGUUUAAUUUCAGCAGCUGUUUUUGUAACAUCUUAAUUUACAAGAAAAAAAGCCCUGAGGUUCUGUGACGACCUGUUAAACURCCAGAUGUUCUGAUGAUCUGUCAUCACCAAAUCUGCAACCAUUGGGAAGGCUGGGGACAUCAUGCCUUUCUCUGUUGCACACAUACAGUAAGUAACAGCCUCCACAUUUACUUUGACAGGUCAUUUACAACUUUGGUUUUGUUUACCAUAGUUUAAGUCAAACACAAUCCGUCUAUAUGUUUUUCAACUGUUUAUAAAGUUUAAGUAAUCACUUACUGUACUGGUGGAAGUAAAAUAAAUACAUUUUAAAAUAA